GCCCGGCUCUCAGAUAUAAGUGAGUUGCCACCAGCUAUGUAGUAAAUUAUCUUCGAGACAGGACAAGCGUCAGACUAUACAAAAACAUGUUAUGGACAAUAUUCUUGCUACUUAAUGGACUGCUUGUACUAGUUCUCCUUUACUCCACUCGCACAAGACAGAAAAAUGAGCCACCUCUGGACAAAGGUUUCCUUCCAUGGCUGGGGCAUGCUCUUGAGUUUGGGAAAGAUGCUGCAAAGUUUCUGGCCCGGAUGAAAGACAAACAUGGGGAUAUCUUCACAGUCCGCAUUGCUGGUCAUUAUGUGACGGUGCUGUUGGACCCAAACUCUUUUGAUGCUGUGCUGAAUGACACAGUCUUCCUGGACUUCACCCGCAACAGAAACCUGCUCCUAAAAAGGAUCUUCAAUCUGCAGCUGCCAAGCAUCAAACCUACAGCAGAGAGGAUAUGGAUGGAACGGCAUUUUCAGGGUCUCAGUCUCUCCAAGCUCAGCAGUUCCAUGAACACUCACCUGAAGGACCUGGUGCUGAGUGACCAGAAAGGCUGCAGCCCGUCAGAGUGGAGACAGGAUGGACUCUUUAGCCUUUGUUACAGCCUGCUUUUCAGGGCCGGAUACCUUACGUUGUUUGAGAAGGGAAACAAUGCUACUGCAGUCUACAAAGAGUUCCGCAAGUUUGACGGUCUUCUCACGAAACUGGCUCGCUGCUCACUCAAACGAGGGGAAAGCAAAACUGUCAACUUGUCCCAGGAGCGACUGUGGGAGAUGCUGUCCCCAAAAUGGCUGAGUGGAGGGUCAGAGUCCGACUCCUGGCAGCGGAGCUACCAUCACUUCCUGCAGGAGGAGGGAGUCGAUGCAGAAAUGCAGAAAAGAGCUUUGCUUUUGCAGCUGUGGACCACACAGUGUAAUGCUGGUCCUGCUGCCUUUUGGCUCCUUGGCUUCCUGCUCACUCACCCAGAGGCCAUGGAAGAGGUUAAAUCAGAGAUCAGAAGCCUUAGUCUCAAGGACACUUUCCUACAGCAGUCUUGCAUCAACCUGCAAGGAGCACACAGCACCCCUGUGUUUGAUAGCGUUCUGAGUGAGACCCUACGGCUCACCGCCGCAGUAAUGAUCACUAGAGAGGUGGUGCAGGACAAGAUCUUGCACAUGGCCAAUGGACAGGAGUACCACCUCAGACAGGGGGAUAGCGUGUGUCUGUUCCCUUUCCUCAGCCCUCAAAUGGACCCACAGAUACACCAAGAACCACAGAUUUUCAAGUAUGAUCGCUUCUUAAAUGACGAUAUGACGGUCGUGGAUAAAUUCUACAAGGAUGGAAAAAGGCUGAAAUACCACACCAUGCCCUGGGGUGCAGGGAGAAACAUUUGUGUUGGGAAAGAGUUUGCUGUUACAGCCAUUAAACAAUUUGUGUUCUUGGUCUUGACCCAUCUUGAUCUGGAGAUGUGUGAACCAGAGGCUAAACUGCCGCCAGUUAAUCCCAGUCGCUACGGCUUUGGGAUGCUCCAGCCGGACGGAGAUCUGCAGGUCCGAUACAGAUUGAAGAAUGAAAUGUGACUUGAUAAACUGAAAAAAUUGUUGAUUGAUAAACCUUUUUGUUAUAUGUACUGUAGCACUAUUUAUUGUUACAAUUAAUCACUGCAUCUAUGUAUCAUAUAUAAAAUAUGUUGUGUGUUAUUAAUAUUUUCAAUAAAAAGGAAGAAAUAAAAGUAAACCAGA